GGAGGGAGCUGGAGAGAGAAGGAGGGGGAGAGGCUGCCAGAGAGGAAGAGAAAAGAAAGGAAGAAACGCUAGAAAGAAAAAGGAAGGGGAACGGGAUAAAGGGAGAUCAGUUGCCCGCCCCGAAAUAGCUAGCUUUGGGGGGGCGGGGGGGGGAAGCUGUGGAGGUGCGCCCCAGCACGACUGCCCUGAAGGGCUCAUCCUCUGUGCCGUUUGGUUUAUGGAGGAAAAGAAAAUGGUCACUCAGGGUAACCAGGAGCCAACAACAACUCCUGACGCAAUGGUUCAGCCUUUUACUACCAUCCCGUUUCCACCACCUCCACAGAAUGGAAUUCCCACAGAAUAUGGAGUGCCACACACUCAGGACUAUGCCGGCCAGACCAGUGAGCAUAACCUGACACUCUACGGAAGUACGCAAGCCCACGGGGAACAGAGUAGCAACUCACCCAGCACACAAAACGGAUCUCUCACGCAGACGGAAGGGGGAGCACAGACAGAUGGCCAGCAGUCACAGACACAAAGUAGUGAGAACUCGGAGAGCAAAUCCACACCUAAACGGCUGCAUGUCUCUAAUAUUCCCUUCCGCUUCCGGGACCCCGACCUCCGGCAGAUGUUUGGGCAGUUUGGCAAAAUCCUAGAUGUAGAAAUAAUCUUUAAUGAACGUGGCUCUAAGGGAUUCGGGUUCGUAACUUUCGAGAAUAGUGCUGAUGCAGACAGGGCCAGGGAGAAAUUACACGGCACCGUGGUAGAGGGCCGUAAAAUCGAGGUGAAUAAUGCUACAGCACGUGUAAUGACCAAUAAGAAGAUGGUCACACCAUAUGCAAAUGGUUGGAAAUUAAGCCCCGUAGUUGGAGCUGUAUAUGGCCCUGAGUUAUAUGCAGCAUCCAGCUUUCAAGCAGACGUGUCCCUAGGCAAUGAUGCAGCAGUGCCCCUAUCAGGAAGAGGGGGUAUUAACACUUACAUUCCUUUAAUCAGUCUCCCUUUAGUUCCUGGCUUCCCUUACCCGACUGCAGCCACCACGGCGGCCGCUUUCAGAGGAGCCCAUCUGAGGGGCAGAGGGCGGACGGUAUACGGUGCGGUCCGAGCGGUACCUCCAACAGCCAUUCCCGCCUAUCCAGGUGUGGUUUACCAGGACGGAUUUUACGGUGCUGACCUCUAUGGCGGAUACGCAGCCUACAGAUACGCCCAGCCCGCGACUGCAACUGCGGCCACAGCCGCCGCCGCCGCAGCCGCUGCCUACAGCGACGGCUAUGGCAGGGUGUACACGGCCGACCCCUACCAUGCCCUUGCCCCUGCCGCUAGCUAUGGAGUGGGCGCUGUGGCGAGUUUAUACCGAGGUGGCUACAGCCGAUUUGCCCCCUACUGAAGUGACGUGAGACCCUGCAAAUGGGACAGCCCCCCAGUUCAUGAGGCCUGGCUAUUGCAAUAUUUACUAGUAGAGGAACUCUAUAGCAAGAUGAAGAGGAAAAACAAACAAACAAACAAACAAACACAAAAAAAGAGAGAAUACUUUUUUAUACCUCACUAUGUUCUUUGAAUAUGUAUUUUUCCUUUACAUUUCUGCCUUUAAUUCUUUUGUUCCAAAGAUUGUGCAUUUUUUUCUUUUUUUUUUUUAACUGUGGUAAAAAAAAAAAAAAUAAUGCAUUUCCAUGUCUGUAUGUCCGUGCUUAGCUUAUUCUGUCAAUCACGGAAGAGGCAGUUAAUGAGGAAGGGGAGACCGUAGGAGCUGAUGAAUGCAUGUGAUCAGAAAUCAGCAGACAGAGCUACCAAAGUGUAUCCGGUGCUGAGUGGCUGGGGGAACAAGCAGAAGUGGAGAUCUUUCUGCAGCAGGGUAUUCUUCUAGUCUUCUGAGUUUCUGGUCUUCGGCAGGCAAUUCUGAUUGGCGAUGGCUGGAAUCCACAAGCUGAUAGAUGACAGGAGUUUGUGCGUGCAACACAGGAGGAUUAAAAAAACACUUUCCUCUCCUCUUCCCUCCUGUCUUCUCCAUUCUUCUUACAAUCAUCUUACCUGCACAGCCUGAGACAGUUGGCAUCGUUUUUGGAAUUAUAGUAUUAAUAUUUCCAAAAUGCUCUCAGACUGUGGAUAAUAAACACCUCAUUAGGUAACCGAUCUCAGAAUGAACUCUGGAGUGAGACAAAGAUCAUUCUUUUCUUUCCUGAGAUCCUAGCAUUCCUGCUGGGGUUCUUCCCCUUUCUCUGAACCACAGCUUAGCUCAUCUGUCCUUCUAUGAACUCCUUGUUCCCAAGUCCUCAAGAGUCAGGAAUUUAGGACCGAGGGACAGGAGAAUAAAUAGCCAGCGACCAGAUUUCCCGGCGUGAGGGUUAGAAGUAUGAAGUGUUGGGAGCCAGUGAAAAGGGUAAAGAAGAGAAAAGGGAUAUCGGGUGAUGUCUGGCAGGGCUCUGAUAGUCCUUUGCUUUCUCUUGCAUCAGGAGGUCAGUACAAGGUAUGAAACCUAUGAAGAGUGUUGGCAAAAGAUAAAGCACCAAGUCCCGGGGCGGCUGUCCCUGGAAGUUUGCGGUGAUCGUGGCAUGUACGGGCAGGCAAAGGCACUUUGUACUGACCAGCUCCAAAGCCAUAGGAAUUUCCAUCUUCCGGAGCAUUCUGUGAGCCACUUCUCUGUCCAUGGUCUUGAGUUCUGCGUGGCCGCUCCGCCCGGCUUCUCAUUAUCCUCCAAAGACACCCAGCCGAGCAUUUGGCCACCUGGCAUACGUGAACACUACAGGACAUAAAAUCCAGAGCCCCUGAGGUUCCUCCCCUCCUCUAGUGGAAGGAGGGUAUGUGACCUGGCAACGAUCUCACCUGUUGCCAGAAAGAGUCGUGUGGUGACCACAGCAGUGAGACACUGCUAUGGCUCCCAGCUUUGAUUUUAUACAUACUGACAAGGUAGGGGAGAAGGUGUUUCUCUUCUAGCUAUUAGCUGUUAAUGGUAAAGGCAGGGGUCCUGCAGCAUUUCCAAAAUGAAGGCAUUAGAAAACAGAAAAGCACAGUCUGUUUGGCUCCCUGGUCUAUUCACAUUGGUACUAGGGUGACCUCUCACCCAAGGGAUAGCUGCUAAAGGGAGUAAUUCAGAGACAUGGAGCUUCCGGUUUGUUAUGGGUUUGUUUUCCGUUUGUUUUGUUGUUUUGUUUUUUGGUUUUUUUUUUUUUUACUCUUGCCUCCACACAUGUUCUUGACUGAUAACUGAUUCAUGUCCCUGAAUUAAAAUGACUGACAUAUGACAGCAUCAAGCAUUCUUUGUAAGCAGAGUGAUCUAUCCGGGAGGGACUGGCCUGUUGUGUAAAAUACCUGUCCUCUCCCCCUGUGGAACCCCCUCUCUCCUGAUGACCAGGGGAGAGGCUGUCCCUGAAACGAGGGGAGACAUCAAGGAAGCUAGAGGCCUCGAUGCAAUGUUAUGAUUCCGGGGAGGAGUACAUGGAAUAGGGGACACCAAACUGCCCAGGGCCAUUGGCCAUUUUUAAGGGUUCCCCUCCCCAAGCCAAAGUUUGGUUCGUUGCUGUUAAGACAAUUUUUGUUCUAUGUAUAUAAAUAUUUUAGUUAGAGGAAGGGGUAUGGGAUGUGGGGCUUUCACAGUUCUAGGGAAUAGGGGCAGGGAGGAAUUUUUUUCUUUUCUUUUGCUUUUGUUUUGAGGGAGAGCUUUUACUCACUAAAGAAACAAAUUUCAUGUCAUGUUCAAAUAGGGGCCAUUCAUAGAAACGGCAAGCCACUGCUCAGUGGAGACAAGGCCAAAUUUUAAAUGGUUGUGUCUGUCGCAGGGGAGGAGAAUAGGGGAAUGAGUUCAGUAAUUUUCUCUUCUUUUUUCCAAGAAAGAGACAAGGAUGGUGGGAAGGUAGAGAAGGCAGCCCUCGCUGCCCUUUUAGAAGAGGCAGAAGCUCCAGCCUGGGCUACCUUCACUGCAUUUCAGUUCAGCUGGUCUGGCUGAGGCCUCCGUAGGCGAGCUCUGUGCAUCCUGCUGCGUUUCCAGGGGUGGUUGUAAUACGGCUUCCUCCAGCUCCCUUUUCUGAGGAAGGCUGAGCAGCCUUCCGCUGUCGCUCAAGGGCCUCUGCUCCUCGGCGUCAGCACUGAGAUGGGAGCUCUUGUGAGCACCCAGAUGAGAUCGUAGCGGCCUCCCCAUCACCUUGUGAACUCUGAGACUCCAUACAGCCAAGUUCCUCAGAGCACAGUGCUUGUCCGCUCCCGGCUCUGGUUCCCACUGGACUAGGAAACAGAGUCGGGAGAGAGUUUGGCAUCUGUGGGUUCAUUGGAGGAUGCUGGUUGAUGAUCCCAAAAAACACCGACGCUGAGUCAUGGCACGUGAAUGAUUCCGACAGCUUUACUGUAGCUCAUGACGUGGGCUCCUGUACUUAGCGUCUUACUUCUAGAAGCCGGGCUCCUUUAAAGAGACUGCUAGUGAAAACCUUUAUCUCCUAACCCUCUUUCAGCCCAGAGAGCUGCCCUUAGGUCUUUUCGGAAUCCCUUGUGUUCUGUGGUUCAGCGCCCGGGAACCCGGAACCCGGCUCAGCCGUUGUGACUCAUCGUUUCUAAGGCUCUCAGGUUUUCCCGAACUUCCCAUCACCACCAUCCUCCGACAGCCACAGGUGGGAUUGAGCCAAUGUUAGUUUUCCUUGAAAAAAGAAUGGGACUGGGGCUCACCUCUUAGUUUAAGGGGAGCUAUGGGGAUGAUUCAAUAGAAGCCAGUGGUAGCAGCUUUUCCUCAAAAGUCUGACUCCUCAGGGGCUGAACUGCUCUUACUUUAGCUUACCGUUCCUAGCGACGGAGCGGACACAUAGGUGGCAUCACCCGCAUCACCAGGCGCUUAGCUUCCAGGUGGGAGGGAGGUGUAAACUUGGGGUGGAAGCCACCCCGAGCAUCUGCCAGAAGGGCUUCAUAACCCCGUUUCCCUCGGACAGGAGGACAGGGCCAAGCCGGGGCCCCUCUGGAAGGCGCGCCAGCCAGGCGCGGGGAGGGAGACUGCUCGCGCCCCCCUCUCACCAAGUCCAGCCUUCUCUGCUGCUCACAACCUCUAGCACAGUAACAUCUGCAGAAUUGCAGACCCCCCCCCAGCCCCGGUGAUAGGAAGAAAGGGACUUUGGGGGGUGGGGAAGGGGUAGUGGUGUUUUAAAAAGCAGAAGUUACCUGUUUGCACUGUUUUAAGAUAGGAAAAAAGGCUAGUGGGCAAGGUGAACACCAGACGUAAAUUUGUGUGUUUUUAUUUUGUCAUGCUCUUGAAAAUGUCUGACCAUUUGUAGUACACACCAGUGAGACUUGAUUCUGUUACGUAAAACGCUAAUUUUUUUUCUCUUUUUGGUAAUGUUACUGUCCAAAAGCCUCUUCCCUCCAUUUCCCUUUUCCUGUGCACUUCCUCCAUACUUGCUUUACUGAACAACCAGGCAAUAGCCAUCCAAGAGCUAGAGCAUGAAGCAGGGCCCUUUCCAAGUAGGCUCUGGGUGUCCUAAGCCAGUGCGUGCCCUCUGGUUUCGUGAGUGCGGGGGAGUCCCUGGCUCCUGUCUCUAACCUAAGGCUUAUAGACCAGACUACGGCAAGUUCUCCCGUUCCUGAAUCAGAUGCACUAGGAAUGAGGAGCCGAGGGCGGAGGGGAUGCCUCAAGUUCCCCACGUUGGCUGUAGUCGCUGUUCUUACCACGUUACCGGAACUGUAGCCAGUUACAGUUUACUCAGGAAAACGGUAGAUCAAUUCAGCCAUGGUAGUGCUGGUUGGCAGGGAUUGGUAACCGAGAGAACGGCUCAUCAGCCAAAACUCAAACCUUGCCUUUAAGGAGACUGCCAGCCGGGGGCCCGAGCCACUCGCUGGCAGUCACACUCGGCCGGUGUGGCGAGGGCGCGGCCACACUGGCGAGCAAAAAGGGAACGUCAAUUCUCUUUCCUCUCCCCGCCCCCUGCCCCCGGUUACCAAUGCCAGCUUCCCAGGGGGUACAUGCGUUUUUGACUUUUUAAAAAAUGACUUUUGGUUUGGUUUUUCUGGGGACUGCUAAGUGCUUUAAGCAACGUCUGUACCCCAUCGAGACUCCCAGCUUAGGCAUUUUCUUGUAUUUUUCUGUUCACAGUAUUUCCGUGUGUGCGUGCUUGUUUUGGCAGCUCGUUUUGGCUGUAUUAUAUAUCGAGUGAUGAAUUGAUCUUUUUUUCCCUAAGGGAUAUGAAUUGGUUUUUUUUUUCCCUUGUGUUUUAAUUCUGCUUGUGAAUAGCUGGAGCAAACCUGGGGCUUGACACACGUAAGCUAGGGCUGCAAAGUGCCGACAGGGCCGGUGGAGUUGACUUGUCCCUGACAGGCUGACCUACCUGCGUCUCUGAGCUUUUCAGUCCAAAUCUUUGCAAGGCUAAAAACGCCACAGAACCUCGCCUCUUCUCCCCACUCCCCAUGGCAGGGACGGGACCAUCCCAACAUGCGACAUGCAGCUUCUCCGGCCCCCUCCCAUUGCCAUGGCAAAACAGGUACCUUUGGGGCAUGGGGGCAUCCCAUGGGAUGCUUGUAUAAUUGACCACCUCGCCUUCUCUCCCCACCCCCAGAGUCCCUUCCUAGGACACCCGAGCUGCUUGCCCAGGGUCCUGUUUCCCUGAGAACUCCAGAGAAGCACCCCAGGGCUUUGUGACAGUCUCUAACUCCCUCCCCUUCUCGUUAAGAACCAUAUUGUAUAGUAGCUUUCAGACCAUACAGUAUUCAUCGGGUCACUCCUAUUACCAAGUAGCUGGAAUUGUGAAGGUCGGAGUAGUUGGAGUUUUAGCUUUGAUUCCUGAUUUGUUUGUAUUACUAUCCCUGUGUAUAAAUUAUUGACCAUGUUGCUGGCUUUUAUAAACUCUAAGCGAAGGAGGAGCACUGCCUCUGCCUUUGCAAAUGGUAAUGAAGCACUGUUUUUAAAUAAAAGAGAGAAACACCA